AUGGGGGAUUCAGGAGGAGGCUCUCCGUCAAAUGCGGUAGUAAUUAAAGAGAAUAGUUCGUUCUCCCAGUUUCAGUGUCCUAUCUUAAAGUCUACAAACUAUACGGUAUGGGCAAUCCGUAUCAAAACCAUACUUAGGGCAAACGGAUUAUGGGAAAUCAUAGAACCAAAGGAAAAUACGCAAGCGGAUGAAAAGAAGGAUAUGACGACAACCGCUUACUUAUAUCAAGCACUACCAGAAGAUAUGAUAAUACAAGUUGCAAGUUGCAAGAGUGCAAAAGAAAUUUGGGAUGCAUUAAAAGCAAGACACGUCGGUGCAGAUCGAGUGCAGAAGGCACGUCUUCAAACACUCAAAACAGUUGAGAUGUUAAAAAUGAAGGAGGAAGACACUAUCGAUUCGUUCACUGCAAGACUAAAUAGUAUUGUCACGAGGGCAAGUAGUCUUGGAUCAACAUUUGAUCAACGGACUUUAGUACGGAAACUUCUAAGUUCUGUACCAAGAAGGUUCGUUCAAAUUGUUGCAACCAUUGAACAAUUCGCCGAUCUUGAAACAACGACGCUAGAUGAAACAAUCGAAAGAUUGAAAGCCUAUGAAGAAAGGACCAAUCUGGUGGAUGAAAACCUGGUAGACGAUCAAGAGAAACUUAUGUUUACACGACGGGACAAGAACUAUGGUCGUGGAAGGCGUUUUGGAAACCAUGGACAAGGAAGGUUUAAUUCAUCACAAGGCAAGUGGCGUGAUGAAAAGUUUAGACAAGAAGAAAGAGGCGGAAGUAUCUCGCAUGAUGAUUCCAAGAACAAGGACGAAGGUUAUGAUAGGAGGAAUAGAAACCCUAGAGAUCAAAAUUGCUUCAAGAAAGAUAUGAUAGAAGUGGAGUGUUACAAUUGCCAUGAGUUUGGACAUUAUGCCUCUCAGUGCCCGAAAGCAAAACAAGCACAGAAGGAAUCACACUUGUUAGAAGAGGACGAGGAACCAACACUCUUGAUGGCAAUUACAGAAGAAGAAAGAUCAGAAACAGAAAGUGACAUGAAAAGAGAAUUAGAAUCUUAG